AAGAGGAGAGGACCAGAGGGUAGGAGUUUGUUUUCUGAAGCCAUUUUCAACUAUCAAACUUUUCCCGAAAAUCUUUCCUUCAUUUGCUUUGCCUUUUUAGAAAUCAUUAUCUAAAACAGGAAUAACAAAAAAGAUCGAGAAACGGGGGAUCAAGAAAUUUCCUUCACCUUUUCCGGAGCCAUCCGCCGCCACCUCUGAAAGCUCCAACGAAAAACUGUAAAGGCGGCAACAGCAGCAGCUGGGCAGCUAGCGGAAUAGUUGCUGAUCUCUCUUGUCAAGGGUCACUUCCAUCGAUCCAUGUGUAUCGCCGUAUUCAUUUGGAAAGUGCACCCAUUCUAUCCAUUGCUCCUGCUUCUCAAUCGGGACGAAUAUCACAAUCGCCCCACCAUCCCUCUGGGCUGGUGGCAGGAUGAUCCCCACAUCCUUGGUGGAAGAGAUGCCGUCGCUGGUGGCACUUGGCUCUGUUGUUCCAAGGAUGGACGGCUGGCCUUUCUCACCAAUGUACGGGAACUCGUCCACCCAUCCUCUCCGCAUCAACAGCCAAAGAGCCGGGGUUAUCUUCCCCUUCGAUUCCUUCAGAGCAAGAAAAGUCCUGAAGAAUUUGCUGAUGAACUAGUUGAAGAAGCAACUCUCUAUAAUGGGUUUAACUUGAUUGUUGCUGAUCUUUGUUCAAUGUCCAUGCUGUACAUAACCAACCGACCAAAAGGCAGCGGCAUUAUUGCUACACAAGUUUCACCUGGUAUUCACGUCUUGUCUAAUGCAAAGCUUGACAGCCCGUGGCCUAAGGCUCAAAGAUUGGAGCAAAGCUUUAAGGAUCUGAUGGAUAAAUAUGGAGGAGGAGAGAUCCCCUUAAAAGAGAUGUCUGAAAAAUUAAUGAAUGACACAACUAAAGAUGAUGAAAGCAAAUUACCUCAGAUUUAUCCCCCAGAGUGGGAAUACCAUUUGAGUUCCAUAUUUGUUGAUGCUGAUAUGCCUACGGGACGUUAUGGUACGAGAAGUACUUCCGCAUUGGCUACGAGUACAAGUGGGAACAUAACAUAUUUUGAAAAGCAUCUUGAUGCAGACUUGUGGAAGGAGCAGAUCAUCAGCUUCCAGAUUAGGAGAGAAACAAUGACAUAGUGUCCUCUUUCAAGAUAGUUUGAACUAAACAAUGCUGUAACAAAUAUAGGUAAAUCUACUUCACAAUUCUUGUAUCUACCGUACAAUACUUGUGUUCAUCCUGUUUCUGUUAAUACUGUACAAUACUUGUGUUCAUCCUGUUUCUGUUAUUCCAUCCAUAUUCCGAACACGUGAAUAAACCUUUCAGUUGAUAUGCGCUGUUUGAAGAUUGUUUAGGGAUGAACUAACUUGAAGCAUAUGAAGGAUUUUAGCACUUUGUCAGCACCAGCGUGCUUUUAAGUAAUUGGUUUUAAAGAGGCUGCAGUUUCAGUAGUAGUAACAUCCGUAGCUGGUGCCCCACUGACCGCAAGUUUUCAAGAAGCAAGUUGGCUGAGGUGCAUAACUUAAAUUCAGCAUGACUUGUGUUCUAAUGCUAUAUCUGCUCUAUUUUCUUUUCUUAAGUUCACAUUCCAUGAACGGAAGGACCAUUAGUGCUACAUCUGCUCUUCUUUGUCUUUUCUUGAAUCUUGAGUGCACAUUUCAUGAAUGGAAGGACCUCUGUAUUUGGAGGAAGACAGUAAGACAGAUUUGCCAUAGCUAAAAGAAAGAAGCAGGUGAAUAGAGAAAUACUUUCACUACUUCCUCUCAGUUAUAGCAAGUAAAAGAUCGAGUCAAUUGCGAUGGAAAACAGUAUAGAUGAAUAAAACACAGACGAGGAUCUCCACCUGCUAUUACUAGUAGUUCUUGAUAUCUGGAUGGUUCUCAAUGCUAAUGCUGCACAUUUGAUGCCGGUGCAAUCGCAACAGCAGAACAAAAAGCCUUUCAGGCGGGGUGACCAAAGUGCAAGUGCCAAAAUUGCAGCAGCAGCGCAUUUGAUGCAUUCUUGUUUUCUUGUUCUUGUAUUUACUCCACAGUUCUGAGAAAGCAUAUACGUAAUCAGAAUGAGCUAAUGUAUGCAAGUAUAUGUAUCUAUUCAUUAGGAUGGCUUGUUUUCAAGUUUGUAAAAUUUGUCAUGGAAUAUCUGAUUAGCAAAGAGUAAGAGGCGGCUCUCAAUGCUGAAAUUUGGCA